AUGCACGCGCCUGUUCUCGUCCUGAGUGAGCCUCCCUGUUCCUUGUACCUUCUCCAGAAUGUUUUCGUACCCUCCACCCCCAGGAUCUCUGGUUUUAUGUAUAUUGUGCCACUUUUCCUCAUGUCACGUGCAAAACCUUUGUCGUGUUGAUCCUGGAAAGCCCAGAAUGAUGUUGUAAUCACCUAAAGCGGCAUUUUCGGUUUGUAAUGGAGUGCAUGGAGAGGGUGUCGAAGUAACAGAUCAUUCCUGGAUUUGCUCUCUUCAAAGCCAGAGUUUUUAUUUUUUUAAAUAGACGGGGGAUUCGCUCCAGUAUUUUUGAUCUUUUUCACAUAGAGUUUCCUUCUCUGGUUAUUUGGCAUCAAUGAAGCAUUUUUUUUCUAUUAUAUGGUGUUAGCAGCCGAUUUCUUUAGGAUGGGCUUUGUUUUGCUCUGAAUCAUUCUGCCCCUUGUCUGCUUCUUUUGUUAUCUGCUUUUCGUUGAAUGUGUUAAUUGCUAUUAGAUUAUAACAUUUGUUUGGCUGUCUCUAUUUUUUAACGAAAUGUGCAGAGGACUCUUUGAAACGAGAAUCUGGGGCUAAGGUGCACCGCGCCAAUAUCCAAGCCUCAAAGGUGAGAUGCUUUUCUCCCUCUCCUCAUCUCCUCAAUAUGAUUGAGAGAAGAAAUGGGCUUGGAGUCCUUUUUCCUCCGGUUUAUUAUUGAUUUUACGAUUGUGUUUAGUUACAGUGUCACAAAUGAAUUUUUUUCUGACGAACUGCAAGAUAGGAUUGUCAAUUUUUUUUUAAUGUUUUAUUUGAUGUUAUUCAAUUAAAGAUCAAAUUGCUCUGAGUUUUCACUAUACAUGACACGAUUGAUCAGACAUGUUUUGCUUGGUAAGCCUGAAUCUCUUUUUCUACAUAUGCUGAACACUUGUGGUCGUUUUAUGAUCUUAUUUGAGGAUGGUGAUCGUGAUGAUCUGUAAGAGAAUUAGUCAGUUGAGACGGUGAUCACGAUUAUUUGUGGGAAAGUUGGGUAUGAUGUUUUGCACCAAGGAACACCAGUCCUCUUGAAUGUUGGGGGUUUAGCAUAGUGCUCACCAUUUUUGCGUAGAUGUUGUAAAUAUUGUCCUAAACUGCUUCGGAAGCAUGGUGAAACAACAUUACAAAUUGUCCUUUCUCUGGACUUCAGUAUUUACUCGAAUCAUUCUAUUUUGGUGCUAAGUUACGGGCAGCGUGUAGAAAAUGAUAACAACUAUCAUAUCCAUCCCUGUCAGUAACUUAAAACCUGGACUAAGAUCAAACAAUACUUUGGAAGAAGAGGAUAAAUGACCUUUCACUAAGCAGUCCAAUGCAAUUUAAUUCGGUUUCAUUUGGUCUUUAACUCGUAUAGUGGUAAUGAUGGUAAUGAUUUUUUCAUGUAUGGUUAUAUAGGGCUAGGGAGGUUGGGUUUCUCAUUAUUGCACCGAGCAAAAAAAAUAUUUUGCUGUAUGGUUAUGUGCAGUGACACAUAUAUGUACAUAUGCACGCAUAUAGGUUGAUAUUCAUAGAUAGGGAUAGAGCAAGGGAGGUUGGGGUUCUCAUUAUUGCACCGAACAAUUUUUUUUUUAAAUGUAUGGUUAUGUACAGUAUUCUUUUUUUUUGGGUGCCUGUGUCUUGAGGCUGUUGUACACCGGCGUAUGUACUUAAAUUUGCACUCAUAUAUAUAUAUAUGUAUUUAGCAAUACGUAUGCAUCUGUACCUUUAUGGAUAUAUGCGCAUAGAAUUGUGCAUCCCGUUGAAAUGUGUAGCUAGUUAGGAAGAUGGAGUCACUUCCCAUUCUUCGUUGCUAUAUCACAGAUCUAAUGCUCGUUUCAGACAUGAGAUUUUUGCCUGUUUAUGUUGGAUUUUAGUUUGCCGUUCUCUUUAUCAUCUUACAUGCCUAUUUCUUCUUACAGCCUUUGAGCAUGAACAUCAUUGCUGGUUGUCACAACCGCUAUUUGAAUUAUGUAAUCCUAAAACAUUGUGUAGCAUGUUUUCUAUCAGUGUAUAUGAUUUUUGACUCUGUACUCUGUUGCCUCUUGCAGGCAGUGGCUGACAUAAUACGUACUACGCUGGGUCCUCGGUCUAUGCUGAAGAUGCUGCUUGAUGCUGCUGGAGGUACUGCCACCUCUUGUCCCAUUCUGUGUGAAAAGAAAAGAAUUCUUGGGCUAGAGAUGCAUAUUUCCUCUUGUUUUAAUGAACAUGAUCUUAUUGGAUUCGUUGGCCAAAGUUUGUUUCAACCAUUUGCCUUGGUGAAAAAUAUAAAUGAUCAUUAGGUUGACCUGUCGAAAAGGGAAUGAAGAUAUGGCUUACGCAGGUUCGAACCAUGACUUCAGAUCCCUUUGGGGAUUGUGUAGGGGGGGUAAAUACUGAGUGUUUUUUCUUUCCUUUCAUGGAAGCAUAAGAUGUGGGAGAUGGAUGGCGCUCAGGUGUUGUAGGGAUCUAUGGUAGAAGCUUCGAUGUUAAGGAGUCUUAUUAUUGCAGUUGCAUACUGAUCAGGCUUAUGGAGGACUAUUGAUCCCUUUGUUGAGACAAACUGGAUUAGGCUUUCAUUUGUUGACUUCUCCAUUUGUGUGAUAUUAUGACUGCUAUUAAAUGAAAUGGAUAAAACGGUAGUGAUAGAAAUAAGGAAGGGAAUGGUUGACGGUUGUAGCUUGGUGUGAAAGGUAGAGGCGGGGUCAAAAGUGUCAGUUAAAUGUCAACUCUGGCAUCACAGUGGGAGUACACAGAAAAAGAGUCCAUCGUACACCUAAAGAAGAGAAUCGUGUGUCUUGGUUUUAUUCAUAUGAUUCAUACUAAUUCAAUACAUUCCAAGUUGACUCAGUUAUCAAGGAUUGGAUUGAUAGCCUUGUUUGAUCAGGCCAACUUUCAUUCACACCACAAAGUACUGGAAGAAAAGGAGAGAUUAAAAAUGUUUGAAGGUGUUGUAACUUAAUGUACAAAAACACGGAAAGACACUGCCCAAGGAGAUGUAGAUGGCAUUAAACUACUUUGGCUUCAGACCAUACUUUGAAGAAAGAACCAUAUGCAGUAGGGCUUUGUGUCUUCCGUUAUCUGUUAUGAACUGGUUCAUAGUUGCUUUAAAAUUUCGAUUUCCUAGAUUGAUACUUGUCAAAUUUUUGGUUUAAAAGACCCGUCAUCUGCCUUCGUCAGUACUGGAACAUGUUAAUUGGAACAUUUCCCCUAGCGAGCUAACAAAAUUACUUUGAAAGUUCAAAGGUAGUUGUAUACUCGUACUACAUUAAUUUAUUUUGAUUGUCAUUUUAUGCUUGUGCAAACCAUUAUCAUUUAUCUUGGAUUUUUAUUUUUCUUCAUAAUGGGGGGUAAUCAUCUGCCUGUUUUUAAAAUAUAAGACGUUUUUUCUAAAGUGGACAACACCACAAAUGCAUUGAACACAAAGAGAGAGGAACAUGAAAUCACAUGAUUAGUGAUAUCUGAAAGUAGCAUUAUUUACGCAAACAUCACUGGUCUAAAGUUGAUUUGUUGCGUUUUGCAUAUUUAUCUGAGUUCUGAUAAUAGAUAUUGAUGCACAUUUUGUUGUGGUUGAUAGGUAUUGUUGUUACUAAUGAUGGAAAUGCCAUUUUACGUGAGCUAGAUCUGGCCCAUCCUGCUGCUAAGGUAGGAAUUUUGUGUUCUAUGUUUUCUUACUCUUUGCAUCACGCAGAGACCUUGAUUUACGUUGAUGUGGCCUUAAUCGUAAUGUUGGACUCCCUUCCCAUGCCAAAAAUGUUAAAAAAUGAGUUUCAAGGAAACAUUGAGGACUUUAUAUCCAUACUCCUGAAAUUUUUCGCCUUACAUGAGAAUUGAAUUAUUUAUAUUAUGCCACCCCAAGUGUUGAGGUAAAUUAUGAGAUGCUCCACCUGAUUGAAUAAAGUGUUAUAGCAUAGCACAGAAAUUAUCUGUUUAUCUCUUGGUGAAGCGUUGUUUGCAAGGAGUUUCCACUGUCAUGAAAUACGACUUCAUGUUUGCUAAGAUAGUACAACAUAUGGUCUUAAGCUUGUGCAUUCCUUAUCUAUGUAGGAUGAAAAUAUACACAGGUGCUGUAGAAUAACGUCAGUUCACUCAGUUUUUGGUGCAGACUUGAGCAUAUCUGACAUUUUCAUUUAAGUUGGUUUUGGGUUUGUUUUUGAUAGUCUAUGAUCGAACUAAGUCGCACCCAGGAUGAAGAAGUUGGGGAUGGAACAACUUCUGUCAUUAUUCUUGGUAUGUUGGCUUCUCUCUCUCUCUCUCUCUCUCUCUCUCACACACACACACACACACGCAGACAGCGCCCCCCCCCCGGUAAGAAGCUGCUGGGUCUAUUCUUUACGAGAACAAAGGAAUGUAGAGCAGGAAUGCUAACUUUCUUUUUGAGUGAAUAAUGACAUCUCAUAAUUAAGAAUACCUUUUUAAUUUGUGACCCAAUUGAGUGCUCUUUUGUUCAAAUUUUAUUGCAGCUGGUGAGUUGCUACAUGUUGCAGAAGCUUUUAUUGACAAGCACUAUCAUCCUACUGUUAUUUGCCGAGGUAAAACCUGGUUGUAUCUUGUUCGUUGUUCGUCUUAAGUUCCAUAUCAUUUUUGGGUUUUGAUCGUGCUUGUUGUACACCUGAUCUAUAUCUUCAGCGUACACUAAGGCUCUCGAAGACUCUAUUGCGGUGCUUGACAAAAUUGCCAUUCCAAUUGACGUGAAUAAUCGUAAGCACACACUGUUUUCUAUUCCCUUGAUACCCUCUCUAUACUUUUUGAAAAUUGAUGCUACUAUCUCCUCCAGUGUGCACAUGAAUUCAUUGAUGCAGAGGCAAUUCUCAUGCUUCUCCACAUUAUUAUUCUAUUUUCAACUUAUCCUUAUUGGGAUGAGAUAUUCACUGCGUUACUAGUUAAUGGAUUUCUUACUUGUUUACUUUCUGUAUUGAUGAAUUUUAUCGUUUCAGGUGCCUCAAUGCUUGGUCUGGUCAAAAGUUGUAUUGGUACAAAGUUUACCAGUCAGUUUGGUAACUUAAUUGCUGUAAGUUCUCUAUUGCAAUCAUCUAUGGGCACCGAGUUUCGUUUCUUCCCUUUGUUGGGAUCUUUAUUCGCAACAAUUUGUCUUAUCAAUAGUGCUGCUUAGGGAACAUCUGCUUCGUGCUUUUUUAAUUAGAUUUUCUACGGGCCUGUUUUUUCUUAGAGAAUAUGUGAACCAAAUGCAACAUAAUGGAGUAAUUCAGAACAGUUGGUUGGAACCGAAUGUCAGGCAUUUUGAUCUGUUUGAAAGUUUAAUGUUAUUUUUUUACAGGUUUUCAUUUUUUUUUAUUUUUUUAAUCGUUAAGUAUGAGAUGCCUCAAGGUUUGAGCCUAAAAACAAUCACAUUUCUUUCCCAUGUGUGUAUGAAAAAAAUGUGCUAUAAUCCGUGGAAUAAGCAUGACUCAGACUUAAUUUCUGUGGUUUUUUUUUAUUGCAAUAUCUUUACAUGAAUUUCUCCUUAUCUGUUGUUUUUAAUUUUGAUUUCAAUAACGACCAGACAAAGAUUUGAUUUUUUGUAGGAUCUUGCAAUUGAUGCUACUACUACAGUGGGAGUGGAUCUUGGUCAAGGUUUGAGAGAGGUGGAUAUUAAGAAGUACAUCAAAGUUGAGAAGAUUCCUGGAGGCCAAUUGGAGGACUCAAGGGUUCUAAGGGGAGUUAUGUUCAACAAGGACGUGGUUGCCCCUGGGAAAAUGAGGAGAAGGAUACUGAACCCCCGCAUCAUCCUUCUUGAUUGCCCUCUCGAGUACAAAAAGGGUGAAAACCAAACGAAUGCAGAGUUGGUCAGAGAGGAAGAUUGGUAAGCACAGAGGAAACUGGCAAAAUAAUUUUCCUUUUAGAUUAUAGAUUUAUGGUACUGCCAUCCUUUUUUCUAGGGUUAAUGAACUGCCUAUUGCUCCAUAAACGGGUAACUGCCUUACAAGCUGUACUGUUUUUUUUUUUUUUUUACAUUCAAAAUGAAAAUAGUUGCAGUCAUAAGAGUAGUCUGAUAAUCCUUAUGGAACUCUAAGAAUUAGACAUAUGAUGUCUUUUUGUACUUUAUAUGCUGUAGAUGGGUAUAUGGUUAGGGUUUCCUUUGAGCAGCUGACAUGAGUAGUUAUAGAUCCUCUUAUAUUGAAGAUGAAUAUAUUCCACUCAACUUUUCCAAUCUGUGGCUUUUUAUCACAUAAAUCCUAACAUUAAAAAGGCAUUAGAGUUGGCAAUCAUACACACAUAGAUGAUAGUAGGCCAAUGCUGGGGAUCUUCUUUAGCUUGAAGAAAAGCAUGUCCUUUCUAUCAGUCUAAUAUUGAACAGAUAUUAUGAAGAUACAUUCUUAUGAAGAAAUUGUUGCCAGGGCGAUCUUGCUGAAGAUGGAGGAAGAAUAUAUUGAAAACAUCUGCGUGCAGAUACUGAAGUUCAAGCCCGACUUGGUUAUUACAGAAAAGGGACUGAGUGAUCUUGCCUGCCAUUAUCUGAGCAAGGCUGGAGUCAGUGCUAUCAGGCGUCUGAGGAAGACUGACAACAAUAGGAUCGCAAGGGCUUGUGGGGCUGUUGUUGUUAAUAGGCCUGAUGAACUGCAAGAAUCUGAUGUUGGAACUGGGGCAGGUCUUUUCGAGGUCAAGAAGAUCGGAGAUGAGUUCUUUACAUUUAUUGUUGACUGCAAGGAUCCAAAGGCAUGCAGUGUUCUCCUGAGAGGUGCAAGUAAGGACCUUCUUAAUGAAGUCGAAAGGAAUCUGCAGGUACACGCUUCUUCUUUCGUGUGCAUGAUAUAUAUACUAGGCGAUCUUCUUUCUCUGAAGCCGAUACGCUUUGUCAACAGGAUGCCAUGUCUGUAGCGAGGAACAUCUUGAAGAACCCUAAGCUACUUCCAGGGGGUGGUGCCACAGAAUUGACUGUAUCAGCAUCGCUAAAGCAGAAGAGUUCUUCAAUAGAAGGUGUUGAAAAGGUGCAAUCUUCCCCUUUUCUUCUUGGGUUUUGUUUUUUUUCCUUUCGAUUGAGUGAAAAACAUAUUUUAAAUUUAAAUAAGGAUUUUUUUUAUCAUAUUAUCCUCUGGUUUCAUCCAAUGUGAUUAAUUUUUCUUGCUUUGUAAUGAAUUUAGUGGCCGUAUGAAGCUGCUGCUGUGGCUUUUGAGGCUAUCCCACGGACAUUGGCACAAAAUUGUGGAGUGAAUGUGAUUCGGACGAUGACUGCUCUCCAAGGGAAGGUAAAAAAAAAAAAAGGUCAACAGAUUUUCUUCAACAUUUGAGUUUCAAAGUUGGGAUUUUCGAUAAUCAUCAUCAAUGAUGCGAAGACCCAUCAGCAUGAGGGAACCUGGUUGACCGUGCCUCAACAUUAAGAUCUUGAUUUGCCCAUUUGGAGGAAAAGUCAAACUUAUGUGGCCUUCUGUGAUGCCUUCCGCUCCCUAGGAUCCAUCAAUAUAUUUAUACAUGAUUUGAACCCUUUGUUGCAGCAUGCGAGUGAGGAGAACGCAUGGGUCGGCAUCGACGGGAACACUGGCGCGAUUGUCGACAUGAGAGAGCAGCAGGUACGCGUGCCCAUCUGGCCCUCCCAGCUCUCAGACUUGCUUCCUUCCUUUCCCCUCCCUCUGUGGCUGGGCCCGGAGUGGAUGUUCUAACCAUUCUUUUCCUUCAUCCUCCCCAAACUACCCCCCGAAGAUCUGGGACUCGUUCAAUGUCAAGGCGCAGACUUUCAAGACCGCCAUCGAGGCUGCCUGCAUGAUCCUGCGGAUUGACGACAUCGUCAGUGGGAUCAAGAAGAAGCAAGCUCCUGGCGCUGGCCCGGCCCCAUCAAAGCCGAAGAUCGAAGAAGAAGGCGAUGCAGACGGCGAGCAGAUACUUCCCGACUAG